AUGCAACAUUUGAUAGGCUGUGCAUUCGUUAAGUUUGGAAGUCAUGGUGAGGCUCAGGCGGCCAUCAAUUCCCUGCACGGAAGUCAGACAAUGCCGGUAAGGUUUGGAAGUCAUGGUGAGGCUCAGGCGGCCAUCAAUUCCCUGCACGGAAGUCAGACAAUGCCGGUAAGGGGCGCUUCUUCCAGUCUUGUGGUCAAGUUUGCCGACACUGAAAAAGAAAGACAGUUGAGGCGAAUGCAACAAAUGGCUGGAAAUAUGGGUUUAUUGAGUCCAUUCGUGUUCAAUCAGUUCGGUGCUUAUGGCGCUUAUGCACAGCUCAUGCAGCAACAGGCGGCCAUAAUGGCGGCAGCAGGUGGUUAUGUGCCUAUGGCCGCAGCAUUGGCCGCACAGUUACCUGCCCAAGUGCAAAUGCCCAAUGGACUCGGCAGUCCUGCUCUUACACCCACAUCAGGUUAUGUAUCGAUUGGUAUCGGAGGGGGAACUCCGAACACAACCAAUGGAAACACUCCGGGAGGCGGUGGUCACCCUCCCAACGCUCCGAGUCCGCCAUCAUUUCACGGCACGUGCAAUGGACAGGGAGGCACUCCCGAUGUAUAUACCACAGGAUGUCUACAAAGUCUCAUUUCCAGUAAGAAAUAUUGUAAAGUCUUAUUAUAU